UCAGUACUGACCGCUUCCUUAGAAGUAUAUAAAUGUCAAAGUCAUGACAUAAACUUUUUAUAUUUUUUUUUAAAGAGUGAAGUGUUGUGUUUAAAAAUAAAAGUUACGCAAGUGUUGUUUUUGGUUAUCUAAAGUAGAGCAACAGGAUGGCGGGAAUGAAUCCUCGUCUGGCGUUCGCCAUCGUCUCGUCAGCUUGCUGGUCAGCGUUCCAACACGGAUACAAUACGGGGGUCUUGAAUGCCCCCCAAGCGGUUAUGUCAGAAUGGCUUCAGAAAGAGGCUUUAACGGGAACAAAUAUAACGCUACCAGCGAAAGACGAUCCGAAAGUGACGACUGUGUGGUCAAUCGCGGUGGCCAUUUACUGUGUAGGCGGUAUGAUAGGAGGCGUCAUCACUGGUGUGAUCGCUGACAGAUUUGGAAGAAAAGGCGGUUUACUUCUGAACAAUGCUUUGGUGUUCGUUGCAGCAGCUCUUCAAGGUUGUGCGAAGAUGGCGAAUUCGUCUGAAAUGCUAAUCGUAGGAAGGUUAAUAAUUGGAGUCAACAGCGGUCUGAAUGCUGGUCUAACGCCCAUGUACUUGGCAGAAAUAUCGCCUGUUUCGUUACGAGGAUCGAUCGGAACAGUCUACCAGCUCGUCAUCACAAUCACGAUACUGUUAUCCCAAGUGUUAGGACUGGAAUCGGUAUUGGGAACUGACAAUGGUUGGCCUUGGCUGUUGGCGAUGGCAGCGAUUCCAGCUUUGAUCCAGUGUUGUACAUUGCCGCUUUGCCCUGAAUCGCCGAAGUUUUUGUUGCUUAAUAAAGGCGCUGAACUGCACGCUCAGAGAGCUCUAAACUGGUUAAGAGGGGAUGUGGCAGUCCAUGCUGAAAUGGAAGAGAUGCACCAGGAAGCAGAGAAGAACAAAAUAAGUAAGAAAGUCACUCUGAGCGAACUCUUCCGCAACCGUCAACUGAGGCAGCCACUCCUGAUAGCGAUGGUCGUGAUGGUCGCCCAGCAGCUCUCCGGGAUCAAUGCUGUCAUAUUCUUCUCAACGGAUAUCUUCCAAUCAGCUAAUUUGAGCGAAACGCAGAGCCAAUACGCUACUUUAGGUAUGGGAGCAAUGAACGUGGUGAUGACAGUCAUAUCUCUCCUGCUGGUGGAGGUCGCUGGUAGGAAGACGCUUCUGUUGACAGGGUUCACUGGCAUGCUAUUCUGUACCGUCGCGUUGUGUGUUGCAAACUUAUAUACGGCUCACAUGUGGGUGUCCUACGUGUGUAUAGCUCUGGUUAUACUCUUUGUGGUGAUGUUCGCUGUGGGUCCAGGUUCAAUUCCAUGGUUCCUUGUGACCGAGCUGUUCAACCAAGCGGCUCGUCCGGCGGCAUCUUCUGUCGCCGUCACCAUCAAUUGGACCGCGAAUUUUAUCGUUGGACUCAGCUUCCUACCGUUGACGCUUAUCCUCGGCUCAAACACGUUCGUGAUAUUUGCGAUAUUGCAAUUCAUUUUCAUUCUCUUCAUCGCUUUUAAAGUUCCUGAAACGAAGAACAAAACGAUUGAAGAAAUAACCGCAAUGUUUAGACAGCAAAUGUAAUUUUUUUUUAAUGUUCGUAAAUUUUUAUGUCAUUUAUAAUACAAAAGAAAUGAAUAUCACGCUUGUCAGGUCAAUAGUCUUAAUUUAAAGCGGCUGAAACUACGAGCUUAACUUAUAUAUGAUAAUAUGAUAUAAUAUUAAAACCUCCGAGACGCGCUGCAUCGUCUAGUAUAAGUCUAAUUUUUGCUAUAAGUUAGUAUGUUCAUUGGGUUUUUUAAACGUUACAAAAGAGUUAUUAUUUAUUAUUAUAUAUGUCAUUUAUAUAAUAAUCUAUGAAAAAUUAAAACACAGCAAUUUACGACACCUUAAAGUUAAAAUUCCCAAUAAUACUAACUAUGCGAAUGAUUUUUAUUAUACAUACCAAUGUCUAAUCUAAUCUAGCUUCAGCAGCGCCAUCUACAUUUCAAACAUUGAGGGGAACCUUUUUUAUACACAAACCUGCCAAAUGUCUGUGUAUAAACUCCAUAGACAAUAUUAAAUGAAUUUCCCGCCAUGACAAGUAUUUGUCAAUGUUGCCUGUUUUAAAAAUGUAGGAUAUGUUUUUACAAAGCGUCAGUUAUAUGUAAGACUGACUAUCCGUUCCGGCUCCGUAGGUGUAGAUUCUACAUAAAAUCUUUACAUCAAUAAAUAAUCGUCAUAUUUCAGACAAUUUAAACAAAACCUUAAUUAUACACUAAAAUCCUUAUGAAUAACUCCGUCCAUUUGUGAAAGUUUAUACGUAAAUUCGUUACUUUUUUCGCGUUCAGACAAACGCUGUGAACUUUGUUUUUAUAAUAUGUAAUUAUUCUUUUUUUCCCUUUUCUGGUUUAUAUCUACGCUAUUUGAGCGCAACAUAUUCUGCCAAUGUCACGUAUAAAAUAGAUGACACAUGUGUUAUGAUUAUUCGGUUUCAAAUUUUGAAUCUUUUAAUAAUCAUUUGUAAAGCAUCUAAAUAUUGAAUAUUUUAUUCUGCUUGAGUUUUAGAAUAUUGAUUGGACUAGAAUUUUUGAUU